ACGACUCCGCAAAAGCGCGGAAGUGUUGCCCAGCUGUGUAAGGGUUUGUGGGAAGCUUCGGGAAUCAUGGCUGCGGCGGGGCCGAAAUUAGAUCCCGAAUGCGCAGCUGCAAUCGCUGUACUAAAGCGGGCCGUGGAACUAGACUCGGAGUUUCGGUACCAGCAGGCUCUAGUGUGUUACCAAGAGGGGAUUGAUAUGCUCCUGCAGGUUCUCAAAGGAACCAAAGAUGAUAAAAAGAAAUGUAAUCUCAGGAAAAAAAUUACUGACUAUAUGGAUAGAGCAGAAAACAUAAAGCAAUAUUUGGAUCAAGAAAAAGAAGAUGGAAAAUAUCAUAAGCAAAUUAAAAUAGAAGAGAAUGCAACAGGUUUCAGUUAUGAGUCACUUUUCCAAGAAUACCUUAAUGAAACAAUUACUGAAGUUUGGGUAGAAGAUCCUUACAUUAGAAAUACUCAGCAGCUGUAUAAUUUUCUUCGAUUUUGUGAGAUGCUUAUUAAGAGUCCAUGUAAAGUAAAAACUAUUCAUCUUCUCACCUCUCUGGAUCAAGACAAUGGGAGAACAGAGCAAGUUAGUGCCCUGAAUGAAAUAAAAGGGUCACUCAGGAAUCAUGGAGUGUCAUUGCAACUAGACUACUCUUCUUCAAUACAUGACCGAGAAAUUAGGUUCAACAAUGGAUGGAUUAUCAAGAUUGGAAGGGGACUCGAUUAUUUUAAGAGACCAAAGGGUUCUUUUUCCCUUGGAUAUUUUGAUUAUGAUUUAAGACCAUGUCGUGAAACAACAGUGGACAUUUUUCAUAACAAGCACACAAAAAAAAUAUGAUGGGCAGUAGCCUAAUUUACAAUAUAUAUUUCUUUUUUUAUGUGAUUGUUGGAUUUUUUUUCUUUUGACUGACCAUUCCUGUAAUGUAUGCACUUAACAAUAAACUUACACAUUUUUACUAAUUUAUGAAU